CUUUCUACGCAUACGACUGAACUUCAAACCUCUGUUCCUUCUCAAAUGGAAGGUUUCAGUAAAAGGAAAUGAAACUAAAGAAAUACAUUGCUGCUUGCACAUGAGAUCCGCACUGGACUCUGCGGAGAAAUAAUCAACAAGUUACUGCUUAUUUUGUGCAAUCUGAUUCCAAUUCUGAGGGGACUUAGUGCUGCAAAGCAAAAAACCGAACAAUGUCAUGGAAAGUCUGGUUCUUCCCGUUGGUUUCACGUUUGAGCAAGAAGGAAAGCGAGAGAUCAUUCUUGGACAAUGGAAGCAUGUUAUUAGAGGAUCUCAUUGCUUCUUGUGAUGGCAAAUCUAAUCCUAUUCGUUGUUACUCUGCUGCUGAGCUCAUGAGGGCUACCAACAACUUCGAUCCUUCUUGCAUUAUUAUGGAAGACGUUUCACCAUGCUACCAAAUGUUCAGGGGUAUUCUAGACGACCGAACAAUUAUCAUUAAGAAGUACAUCACACAGGAAUACAUCAACAAGGAUGAAGCUAGGUCUUAUGCUAUUCGUGAUAUUAUCAUAUCAAUGCAGAUGAGCACCCAUAAGUAUGCUUUGAAAUUAUUAGGUUGCUGCUUAGAGUUUUCUCUCCCAGCUCUGGUGCAUGAAAAUGCAGCAAAGAACCUUGCAAGGACUUAUAAGGAGUUGGGCUACUACCCCCAUUGCCAAUUGGUUUUAGGGUGGAACCUCAACUUCACAUUCUCAAUCAUUCCACGUAUAAAGCGAAAGGAGGAAAAGGAGGAAAGAAAGAGAUCAUUCUUGAAGAAUGGAAGCAUGUUACUAGAGGAUCUAAUUGCUUCUUGUGAUGGAAAAUCUCAUCCUAUUCGUUGUUACUCUGCUGCUGAGCUCAAUAGAGUUACCAACAACUUUGAUCGCUCUUGCUUUAUUACAGAUGGAACAUACUUCGACAUUUACAGGGGUAUUCUAGAUGACCGAACAGUUAUAAUUAAGAAGCAUUAUAUCGUCGACUGGGCUAUUCGUGAUAUUAUCAUAUCAAUGCAGAUGAGCGCCCAUAAGAAUUCCUUGAAAUUAUUAGGCUGCUGCUUAGAGUUUGAUACACCAGCUUUGGUGUUUGAAAAUGCAGGAAAGGGAGGUCUCAACAAUGAUGGAAGUUUAGCAGUGGAUAAUGAAUUAUUACCGUGGAAAACUAGACUGCGUAUUGCAAAGCAGCUUGCUAGUGCACUUACAUACCUACAUACUGCCUUUCCAACGCCCAUCGUUCAUAGGAAUCUGAGACCCACCUGCAUUUUAUUGGACGAUGACUAUGUUCCCAAACUCUUCGACUUUUCAUUCUCCAUAACCAUUCCACCUGACCAAUUGUAUGUUCAAGACAAUUUCGCAAUAGGGACAUCGGCGUACAUGGACCCUACUCACCGAAACUCACGUCGAAGUUCAGAAAGAACUGAUGUUUAUAUCUUUGGUGUGCUUUUACUUGUAUUCUUGACGCAAAGAGCUGCAUCAAGACGACAUGGAGCAGAAAUUGAACUCCUUAUUGGAGAUUCGAAACUUAAUGUUCCUGGUGGACAGAUUCAAAUAGAGACAAUUGCGGACCCUAAAAUCCUUGAGGAAGUCGUGGGAGAUGAGCAAGCACAACAACAACUGCAGGAUUUUCUAGCACUGGCAUUGUUAUGCAUCCAAGACGAAAAUGAAGCAAGGCCAGAUAUGAUUGAUGUGGCCAAAGAGCUUGUACGAAUUGACAAGUCUAUCUUGCCUUAG